AUGCAGCAGGCGUUGCAGACGUUGGCUCAAGAAUUCAAACUGGACAGUAUGGGUCGCCGGAAGGCAAUGAUGAUCGGCUCUUUGGACCGAGGAAUAUGCAUGAUGAUGGUAGCAGCAUUGCUUUCCCAAGUCAACCAACCAAACGGGAAGACAUAUGCCGAAGCGUCCGUCACGUUAUUUUUCCUGUACAUGCUCAUCCAUGGCAUGUCCAAACUCGAUACCAUGGGUAUACAUACCUGA